GAUAAACAGCUUUUUGAUUGAAGUUUUUUUUUAUUUAGUUUCGAAUAAAAUUUUAAACAAAUCUAUUCGAAAAAAACAUGCUCAUUGUGACAUGAUUUGAUGAUUUUAUCGAGGAUACAUGUAUCUAUUGUAAGAUUGUUAGUUGAUGAGUGAAAUUUCAGUCUGAUAAAGCAUACAUAAGCCGGAGAUCGUCAUUUAAGUAUCAUCAACAAUCAUGGCUAUGAUACGUAAUUCUGAAAUAAUUUUACGGCAGCUUUUUGAUCGUGCAUCAUGCACCUAUACGUAUCUGUUGGCUUGUUCAAAAACCAAAGAUGCAUUGCUGAUUGAUCCUGUUAAAGAAUUGGUUGAUAGAGAUCUUACUUUGAUCAAACAGUUAGAUUUGAAUCUCAAAUAUGUAAUCAAUACACACGUUCAUGCCGAUCAUAUAACAGGCAGUGGACAAAUUAAGAAGAUUUUGACCGAAGUAAAAUCAAUCAUAUCUAAAGAAAGCAAUGCCCGAGCUGAUAUUCAUGUUGAAAAUGAUGAUUCAAUCAAAAUUGGAGAAAAUAUUGACUUGUUGGUCAAAAGUACACCAGGACAUACAAAUGGAUGUGUCUCGUAUUUUCUAGACAACGGUCCGUUUGUUUUUACUGGCGAUUCUCUAUUAAUUCGUGGCUGUGGUCGUACCGAUUUUCAACAAGGCGAUUCAGGAAAACUCUAUGAUUCAAUACACAAUCAGCUUUAUACAUUACCGGAUGAAUGUAUUGUUUAUCCAGGCCAUGAUUAUAAUGGUAAUACAUGUUCUACAAUCGGCGAAGAAAAACUUUAUAAUCCUCGUCUCAGUCGAACACGAAAUGAAUUCAUUGAUCUAAUGGAAAAUCUUAAACUUGAACUUCCGAAAUUAAUUGAUAUUGCCGUGCCGGCCAACAUGGUCUGUGGUGUUUAAUUUUAAAUGACUAUCAUCACGAAUUUUAAAGGUGUUGGUUAUCUUCUUAAAUCUAUUUUCCUAAUGGAUAAUCAUCAAUAUUGGAUUGUUUUUUAUUUUAUAUU